UUUUCCACUGGCGAAAGAAACUCCCGGGUUUGGGAUGUUGAAUAAUGGAAGCCAAUGCAACUCAGCCCACUAUUAUUGCAAAUUUCCAAAUUCCCCACUUGGCAUGUCAAAAGUGGUCAAUUAAUCCAUCUUUCUUUCUUUUUUUCUGAUGCUCCAACCUUAUCUUUUUCACUUCCUAUAUAAUUCAUCAACUACUAUAAUUGUGUAACCAAAAAGUAUCCUCUCAAAACACUCUCCUCUUGAUCUUUUUGUUUCGUCAUUCUUGAUUCUAGCAAAAUUUCUUCAUCGUCUCAUGAGAAAAAGAACAUCAAUGGCAGCCAUAACAUAUGAUCCAAAUUUUGGCCUUCAAAAAAUCAAAGAACUUCCUCAACAUAGAGUUUUAUUAGAAGAAAUUGAAGGGCUUAUUAAAGUUUACAAAGAUGGACAUGUUGAGAGACCUCAAAUAGUCCCAAAUGUCACUAGUAAAUUGCCUCUUGAACUUGGAGUCACUUCUAGUGAUGUGAUAAUUGAUAGGUUCACAAAUAUUUGGGCACGUUUAUAUGUCCCAAAAAAAUUAUGUCAAGGAAACAAAUUACCUUUGUUAAUUUAUUUCCAUGGAGGUGGAUUUUGUGUUGGAUCAGCAUCUUGGAUUUGUUACCAUGAGUUCCUAGCAAAAUUGGCAUCAAUUGCUAAUUGUGUGAUUAUGUCUGUUAAUUAUCGUUUAGCCCCCGAAAAUCGCCUUCCGGCAGCCUACGAUGACGGCGUUCAGACGAUUGCAUGGCUAAGACAAAAGGUGCUUAGUGGGGCUAAUGAAGAUUAUUUGUGGUUAAAUAAGGUUAAUUUUUCUAGCAUUUUUUUGGCAGGUGAUAGUGCUGGUGGGAACAUAGCCCAUAAUGUAGCCAUAAGGGUUUGUUCAAAAUUAGGUGACCUAAAGCCAAUAACAUUAAAAGGUACAAUUUUAAUUCAACCCUUUUUUGGCGGAGAGUCAAGGACUUAUUCCGAAAAAUGCAUGGCGCAGCCGCCUCGGUCGGCGCUUACAUCAGUGAGCGCCGACAUAUACUGGCGGCUGGCGUUGCCAGCGGGGGCUAACCAGGACCACCCGUGGUGUAAUCCGAUUGUUAAUGAGAGUAUACAUUUGGUGGAUUUAAGGAAUAUUCCUGGUAUAUUAGUAUGUAUAUCUGAGUUGGAUAUAUUGAAAGACAGAAAUUUGGAGUAUUGUGCUACUUUAAAUAGAGUUGGUAAUAAGAAGGUUGUUGAAUAUAUGAUGUUUAAAGGUGUAGGCCAUGCGUUUCAAGUACUGAACAAGUCUCAAGUUGCACAAGCAAGAACUGCAGAGUUGAUUGCACGAAUUAAGGUCUUUAUCAGUAGAUGACCACAGUGUACAUAACAGAUAAUCAAGGAUUUAAAUAAUAGACUUAACUAGUGUAUGGUUGUAACAUGUCACUUACCGUAUUUUACAGAUUACCUAUGUUCGCGAUAGGAAGUUACUUGUAAUUGGCUUUUAUGGGCUAAAAAUCGUAAAAGAAAAUUACACUAUUGAUGUAUA